CAUUUUCCGCUAACUCCCAUUUUAAUAAUUUGAAAUUAUUUGGCCAUUCAACAUGCAACAUAGAUAUUUUCCACUAGUUCCCAUUUUCCACUAUAUAAAUUGAAUUGUAGAUUCAAUUUCACUGCAAAAGAAAUCUUGCAGUAUGGAUACCAAUAGCACCUUCAAUUCAACUCGUCAUCUCAUUUUUCACUUUCUUCUCAUUUUUUGUUUCUCUUCACAUAUGGAGAACAUUAAGCUCUGUUUGAGUGAUGGGAAUCUCAAUGUUAAUUGCAUAGACACUGAGAGAGAAGCACUUCUUGACUUUAAGAAAGGCCUCACUGAUCCUUCUGAUAGACUUUCCUCUUGGAGUUGGGAGGGAAAUGAUUGCUGCAAGUGGAAUGGGAUCAUAUGCAACAAUCAAACUGGUCAUGUCACCAUUCUCAAUCUUCGAAAUCCUUACCCAUUGAUCAAUGGCGGAGUUGGUGACCAAGCAGCUUAUGAGAGAUCGUGUUUGGGAGGUAAGAUUAGCCCUUCCUUAAGUCGUUUAGAAUAUUUGACCCAUUUAGAUAUGAGCUUUAACGAUUUUAGAGGUGCUCAAAUUCCUGAUUAUCUGGGGUUCAAAAAGUUGAGAUGUCUUAACCUCUCUUUCUCAUCAUUUGCUGGUGAUAUCCCAUCUCAAUUGGGGAACCUGUCAAGUUUGCUCUAUCUUGACCUCUACGCAGAUUCAUACAGCAACACAGGCUCCUGGGAGCUACAUGCAGAUGAUUUGCAUUGGCUUUCAGGUCUUUCCUCUUUAAAGUACCUAAACCUGGGAUUAGUUAAGCUUAAAGGAGUGGGAGCAGACUGGCUUCAAGCUGUUAAUAUGCUUCCUUCCCUGGUGGAGAUACACUUGCAUUAUUGUGAACUUGAAGGUCUUCCAUAUUCGUUGCCUUCCAUUAACUUCACAUCCCUUUCAGUCCUUGAUUUAUCAGAUAACUCUUUCAAUUCUAAAAUUCCUCAAUGGUUGUUCAAUCUUACUGCCCUCACAAAAGUUUAUCUGGUGUGGAACUUUUUUAAUGGUCCCAUUCCUACUGAAUUUUCUAGACUGAAAUCUCUGGAAGUCCUUGAUUUGUCAAACAAUUUGGAUCUGGGAGGUCAAAUUCCCAGUAUUUUUGGGAAUCUCAGAAAGCUAAAGAUCUUGGAUCUUUCUGCUAAUGGUUUAACUGGUGAAAUUCAUGAGUUUUUGGGUGGUUUCUCCGAAAAUCCAAGCAACAGCUUAGUGUCACUGUAUUUAAACUCUAAUUCACUGGAAGGGGAGCUGCCUGAAUCAUUAGGAGUGCUUAAGAAUUUGCAACAUCUUAAACUUUCUGGCAACUCUUUCUUGGGUUCCAUUCCAACAUCUAUACGAAAGUUGUCAUCCUUGAAGGUAUUGGACCUGUCCUAUAACAAUAUGAAUGGGACAAUUCCAGAGAGUUUUGGCCUACUAUCAAAGCUAGUGGAUGUAGAUCUCGUGGAAAAUUCCUGGGAAGGAAUUCUGGAAGAAACCCACUUGAUUAAUCUCAAUAGCCUGGAAAAUAUCCAUCUCACAACAGCUAGGUCCUUGGUUUUCAAUGUGUCAUCUAAGUGGAUCCCUCCCUUCAGGCUUAAAUCCAUCCAACUUGAGAACUGCCUAGUAGGUCCUUUCUUUCCUAUGUGGCUGCAAGUCCAGAAUGAACUUACAUCUGUCACUCUAAGAAAAGUUGGAAUCUCAGAUACCAUUCCAGAGGAAUGGUUUUCAAAACUCUCCUCAAUCACCCACAUGGUUUUAUCAAAUAACCAAAUCAAGGGAAAUUUGCCAAACCAAUUGAAAACUCCAAAUUUAAGGUUUAUUGAUUUGAGCUCUAACCGCUUUGGGGGGCCUCUUCCACUUUGGUCUGCUAAUGCAACUGCUCUCCAGGGCAACUUAUUUUCAGGUUCCAUACCUGAAAACAUAGGUGGCCUAAUGCCAAGGCUGGAAAAGUUGUAUGCUUUUUCGAACCAUCUUACUGGUAGAAUUCCAUCAUCAUUGUGUGAUAUAGGAGGUCUGCAAGUUCUUUCGCUUAGGAACAAUCAGAUUUCAGGAGAACUUCCCAACUGUUGGCAUCAACUAAUGUUCUGGGCUAUUGAUGUGUCAAACAAUACUUUAACAGGCCAAAUUCCAAGUUCCUUUGGUCUCCUAUCUUCCCUCAAUGUUCUGUUGUUGAGCAACAAUAAUCUUGAUGGAGAAAUUCCUUCUUCCCUGCAAAAUUGCUCUGGACUAACAAGCAUUGAUCUUCGAGGGAAUAAGCUUUCAGGGAGCCUACCUUCAUGGAUUGGACAAAGGUUAUCUUCCUUGUUCAUGCUGCAACUUCUAUCAAACUCUCUUAGGGGUCCAAUCCCGCAACAAUUAUGUCAUCCUCCAAAUCUUCACAUCUUAGAUCUUUCAGGGAACAGAUUUUCAGGGGAUAUUCCGAAUUGCAUUGGCAAUCUCACAGUCUUGGUCUCUGGUAAAAACAGUGAGGUGUUCUUACAGCUACUAUAUGUUGCAAUGAAAGGUAGAACCCUCGAGUAUAGCAACAUUGUUGCAGCUGUCAAUGGGAUUGACCUUUCUGGAAAUAAUCUAACUGGAGGAAUUCCUGAUGAGUUAACAAACCUCGUGGCAUUGCGAACCUUGAACCUGUCAAGAAAUCAGCUAAGUGGAAAUAUUACUAAGAAGAUUGGAGAUCUUCAGAACUUGGAAACACUUGAUCUGUCACACAACCAUCUUUCCGGGUCCAUUCCUGUAAGCCUGGCUUCUUUGAAUUCGUUGGUGCAUUUAAACUUAUCAUACAACAACUUGGAAGGAAAAAUCCCAGCAGGGCUCCAAAAAUUCAACGAUCCAUCAGUAUUUAUGGGGAAUCCAUCAUUAUGUGGAGUCCCUCUUCCAAAUAAAUGCCCGGGAGGUGACAGGAUCUUGUAGAUCAAUCGCUGCUGCUAUUACAGGAGCCAAUGAAGAAGAAAAUGAUCCUGAAAUAGUUAAUUUUCUAUUUCAGUUCCUUCUCCUUUCUCGUUUGCAAAAGAAAAUUAAUAAUAAUAAUAAAUUGAAGGUUGUGUACUAAA